AUGGGGAGAGCCAUCGGGGAGGGGCGUCGGGCGGUUACAGCUGGAGGCAGUAGGGCAAGGGGAGAGGGGGGUGCUCCGCUGCGUCCAGAGUCCAAGGACUCCGGGCAGACCCCCCCGGUGAGCGAACCGAGUCCUCACCGCGGGUUGUGCCCGGGUUCUCAGCCUCCGUGGGCUUCGGUCACCGAGCUGCGCGGCCCACGACAGCGAGGGACGUUUCUUUCCAAACCCCUGAGGACUGGGCUCCGGAGCAAGGCUGCCAGGUCUAGAGUGCAUUGUUUUGAGAACCACGCGGAAGGAGCUUCCAGUUACUGUGACUCACUGGUUCUGUCUCCGUCCGUCCGUCUCUCGGCGGCCGUCUUCUGCUGCGGCUUCCGCGACCACAAGUACUGCUGCGACGACCCGCACAGCUUCUUCCCCUGCGAGCACAGCUACAUGUAGUGGCUCAGUAUUGGUGCUCCUGUGGGCCUGUCCAUAGCAGCAGUGGUCCUCCCAGCCUUCAUUGUCACCGCCUGUGUGCUUUGUUACCUGUUCAUCAGCUCAAAACCCCACACAAAGUUGGACCCAGGAUUAAGCUUACAGACUACAGACCCUGAUGAGGUACUGCCUGACCGCCAAGGUGGGAACAUGGGCAAUUCAGUGGAGGUGCCGGGAGUGAGCCCUCUCGGGCAGAGUCACCUCCUGAACCCAUGGCCGGACUGCAAUGAAGAGCAGGCUGUGGACCCCAAACGCCUCCUCCAGCACUGCUUCAUGGCUACAGUGACAGCCGGUGACAUUCCAGGCAGCCCUGAGGAGGCCCCUGUCCCCAGUCUAGACCCAGCUCCAUAA